UUUCCCCCUCUUCGUCGCCAUCCUGAGAGAGCAGUUGAGGAGGAGACAUAGCGGACUCUGUCGGGUUUUCUCAGUGAUGUGUUUCUAGGUAACUUAGUAGAAUCUCGUGGAAAAGCUCAUUAACGUAACGUUACUUGAUUUCAUCGGACUCUCUGUAUUUCGGUUGCGCUUGGAAAAAACACAGAGUGAUAUUUUUGUUCGAUAAACUCGGUUCGAGAAAGAGGGAGGCGUGAAAGGAAAACUUUUUGUGCCAAGGUGAAGAAAUCGAGGUUUGUUGUUGUGAACGUGUCCGUAUAAAGGCAGAAGUUCGGGAUGUCUCUCUCGGUACCUCAAAACGGUGUGAAGGGGGAUAACGAAGCCGUCAUCGAGCUUUUUGUGAAGGCGGGCAGUGAUGGAGAGAGUAUCGGCAAUUGUCCAUUUUCUCAGCGUCUCUUCAUGAUCCUGUGGCUAAAGGGUGUGGUCUUCAAUGUCACCACUGUGGACCUUAAGAGAAAACCAGCUGAUCUGCAGAAUCUGGCCCCAGGAACCCACCCUCCCUUCAUCACCUAUAAUGGAGAGGUCAAGACAGAUGUCAACAAGAUCGAAGAGUUCCUAGAGGACGUCCUCUGCCCUCCAAAGUACUCUAAACUUGGUGCGAGACACCCAGAAUCCAACACUGCAGGGAUGGAUAUAUUUGCCAAGUUCUCUGCCUUCAUCAAGAACUCCAAACCUGAUGCCAACGAGGCAUUAGAAAGGGGACUGCUGAAGACCUUGCAGAAGUUGGAUGAGUACCUGUGCUCUCCUCUACCGGACGAGAUCGACCACAACAGCAUGGAGGAGGUGAAGGCCUCUGUGCGCAUGUUCCUAGACGGUGAAGAGAUGACUCUGGCUGACUGCAACCUGCUGCCUAAACUCCACAUCGUUAAGGUGGUGGCAAAGAAGUACAGAGGCUUUGAGAUCUCUAAAGACAUGACGGGCAUCUGGAGAUACCUGAACAAUGCCUACAAGCGUGAGGAGUUCACCAACACAUGUCCCAGCGACAAGGAGAUCGAGAUCGCCUACGCUGACGUAGCAAAGCGGCUUGUCAAAUAAUGGCUCAAAAUCUCCUCCACUCCCCUCCCUGCGCUGGGACUGUUUAAUUUCCAUCACA